UGUAUUGUCAAGCUUGUAACAGUAGAAGAAACCUUUUUGGUGCUAUUUUAGCACAAAAUGAUUCUACUUAAAACUCAUUGUCCUAUAUAGAACCAUUGCCUUUCCAACACUUGAAGAACCGUCUUUUUUUAACAGUGUACAAUGGACGUGUGCCAAAUAGGCCUUCCCAAACAGUCACUGGUGUAAUGUUGUGUAUACAUAUUGCCACUCAGGUUCACUGGGCGUGUUGUCGAGAAAAAAAAUAAGCAAAAAGUGAGGAACGAAGACAAGAUGUGGAAAUUGAUCGAAAAGGUUCGUCCCCGCAGUGGGUGCCAGCUUCCAUAUGGCGCCAUUUGGUCAAGCUGUCAGUAGAGUCAGGCUGUGAUUUGAUCCGUAUUGAAGGCCGUGUGUGUUGGGGAGGUCGAGGCAGACAGGCUGCUCCUGUGUACACACUCCAGAUCCGGGAGCUCCACAGCGCCAAACUCCGUGUGUGUGGAGGCUACAUUCACCCUCCCCUAAGCGAGGAAAACACCGGCAGCUUAAACUCCAGCACCAAAGGGGAUUUCACGUUCCUCAGGCUGAGAUGGCGACGGUGAGCGACUCACGCUUGCAGCAACAGCCCUCUCAGAAGGAUGCGGCUGAUCAAAACUUUGAUUAUAUGUUCAAGCUUCUCAUCAUUGGCAACAGCAGUGUCGGCAAAACCAGCUUCCUUUUCCGCUACGCUGAUGACUCCUUCACUUCUGCUUUUGUCAGCACCGUGGGCAUCGACUUCAAGGUCAAAACAGUUUUCCGCAACAACAAAAGGAUCAAGCUGCAGAUCUGGGACACAGCCGGACAGGAGCGCUAUAGAACCAUCACUACAGCUUACUACAGAGGAGCCAUGGGCUUCCUGCUAAUGUAUGAUAUUACCAACCAGGAUUCUUUCAAUGCUGUACAAGACUGGGCUACUCAGAUUAAGACCUACUCAUGGGACAACGCCCAGGUAAUUCUGGUGGGUAAUAAGUGUGAUUUGGAAGAUGACCGACUCAUUCCAACAGAAGACAGCCAGAGACUGGCUGAUGAAUUAGGAUUCCAGUUUUUUGAGGCCAGUGCCAAAGAUAACAUCAACGUGAAACAGGUGUUCGAGCGACUGGUGGAUGUGAUCUGUGAGAAGAUGAAUGAAACUAUGGAAGGAGACGGUGGUCCACUCGGCAAUCACAAAGACCCCAACCUACAGGACUCCGUCGCCGAGGGACACAGCAGUUGUGCCUGCUAAAGGCCAACCCCCUCCACAUCUGUUCAACUUUUCAGUCUACCCCUUGCAUCCCCCUUCUCUUGCACCUAUAUUUGCACAUUACAGAUGGAAGGUUAAAAUUUCAGGCCAGACUCACUGUGUGAUGAACCAGUUAGUAGCGGUGAGGUUUAUACUUGAGUAUACUUGAGAUUUGGGUUAAAGUGUGAAUUCAUGUUCAGGAAAAGUAAGAGCCCCUUCACGUUCUCCAGAUACAAAGUAAAUCCAUGCCUUGUUUUUCUUGAAUUAGCCAGUAUCUGCCAAAAUGAUAUACUGUAACUUUACUUCAUUUGACAAAACAAGUUAUAUGAGUACAACAGUCAAUAAGCAUGAUGAGACUUGUAAGAAUUCCUUCUAAAAGAAAAAGGGGAUUCCAUUAUCCACUAUCUAUUAUGGAUUUGGCAGGUGAGACGUGAGUUCAAAGUCAAGAAAAUUAUACAUUUUCUUUGUACCCAGAUAAGGCCCAGAGUGCCCACACUAGCCCUUAAACCUUCCAACCCUUUCUGCAACUCAUUGUAUCUCCCUUAGCAUGAGUUGAGACCACUAAAUAGCUACACCAAACCUAGAUACGUGGCAGCUGCCAGAGGUCCCUGUGCUAACAGCUAGCAGAGAUAAUCAUCCAUUCAUCCACACCCAUCCAUUCUCUGGCCAUCCUGCACUCAACAACCCCUCUCCUGGGCUCACUGCCACUCCUCUCUAUCCCUACACCCCCUCAAAGGCUGCAUCUUGGGAGAAAUCUGUGGCUUAGCCCACAAUGGACAUGUUCUUGUCUCGUGCUAGAUAGCCCCAUAUUCAACUGUCACUGUCACUCUGUACCCCACUUGGCCAGUGUUAUGUGUCUCUUUUGUCUUAAAAUGUCGCUUUAGAGGCUUAAGAUGAAUGUGCACAUACAUGCACCAGUGAUCUGGGAGUUGUUGGAUUGCAUAUAUACAUGAGUAAUAUCAAGGAAGUAAAACAUUACAGAGUAAUAUGAUAAUUUCACACCAAAUGUUUGGAAUGGGAAUGGUAAAAUGCACAAAAUAAUGGAAUUGCUACAUGUGACUCACAGGAAUAAUUAGGCAUGUUUUUCGCUGAACCUUUGACUUACUUUCCUAAACUUGUUAACCUCACUACAGACUACCUAAAACUCUUCUUGUUGUUCUGUUUAUUUUUGUCACCAAACUGUUAUUACGUUUAAUUUCUCUGGUUUAUACUUGCCCUUUUACUUCUCAAGUAUUGACCCUAUUCCUGUUACCACAUUAUCUUUUAAUAAUGUGUUGAUGUUAUUAUAUAUUGGUAAAAGAAACAUGGACAGUUUGGUGAGAACAUUGCUCCACUGUACCUGGCUUAGAGAGAGGUGUCCUAAUUCAAGAACUAGUGGUUAUUCAGUCUCUGGUCAUCUUUACAUUUGUUCAAAUGAUGGCAUCAGUUUGGAAGAAUGUACAUAUUGUCAGAUACCAUAACUUGUACUAUAGCAAACAUGGGCUUGUGUAAGGCUUCCUGAUUUUGAGAGUGCUUACCAGACUUAAAUUAAAAUCUUGUGUUUCAACCUGGUAAGAGUGAUAAGACUGAAAGUAGAGAAGACUCUGUACCAUCUCAUCCAAUCCACACCCCUUCCCUCUCUCAUUCUAUCACUCGCUCCACAUACAGUGCCAACUGUCCGUUAUGACCAGUUGGUGCAUCUCAGUAGAGAUACUCUGGUCUAACGUGUUUUUUUUUUUCUUCCUAUGAUCUCUUUUAAUUUGUUCAUUUCCCCCCCUCUGACCUGAUUCUGAAUGUUUUGUGUACUGUACCAUGAAUGUUAUUUUGGUGCCCUGUUAAGGUGUAAGAAACCUGAUUCACUUUUUUGUUAACACUAGCUCUUUUAUGUUUAGCCCUCUUUUUUAUGCUUUAAAAACUGUAAAAGAUUCUUAGAAGAGGUGUCAUGUUAAGUAUUUAGAAGAGUAUCAUGUAUUUAUUCAAAGCCUCUGUGUCUGCUAUUGCAAUGGGACACUUAAGUUUAUAUUCACUAUUAGUGCAGUAUUGAAGGCUGACUGUAUAUUGAUUUCAGGCUCAGACACUGUGGUAUCCCAAUUCAUGGGCUUCAAAGUCCAGUCCUGGAAUUUUAGAGUCCAGCACAGUUUGGUGAUUUCCCUGCAUAAAUGCACCUGAUUAAACUUAGCAGUUAGUUACAAAGUUUUGGUUGUGUUUGAGCAAGAAAGUCACCAAACUGUGCUGGUAACCAGCCUUCCAGGACCAGAACUGGACACCCUUAUCCUAAUACUCUGAUAGUGAAGUGUGCUAACCAGAGCAAGCUACCAAACAGAAGCACCUUGUAUCUUGUAUCCAUUUGGUGUUUUAAACCAGAAGUUGUUUUUUUUUCUGGCCAGAGGUAUUUAAGGAAGUGUAGAAAUAAAUGUAUGGACUGUUCGCAAAAUAAAAAUUAUUGUUGAGAUUGA